AUGAAAGAUCACCAAUCCAAGAGCUCGAGCUGUAAUAAGUACUCGCACUCUCCAGGGGAAAUGCACUCAGACUCUGCGUUUCGGGCCUUCUUAUCGGAGGUCCAAGACGCCAACGCCCAAAUAAACGAAGCAGGAAAGAUAUACGCAGCCUUUUCCGGGGGAUCUGACACGGGGGAAGAUCUCCGCCUUUCCGAGGAGUUCAGACGCACGAUGGAAUCUGCAGAGGAGAAAAUCUCCGGGCUUGCUCGCCUGCAGGAGAAUAGAUCGACCCGUCAGAGGCAGAUCCACGUGCAGAGUCUCCUUGAAAGAAGCCAGGCCCUUUUGAAGGCGUUUUCCUCCGAGCAGCAGAAGAAGCUCCAGAAAGAAGCAGCCAGGAUGCGGGAGAAGUACCUCGUGGCAAAGCCUGCAGCCUCGGAGGAAGAACUUUCUGCACUCUCCGAUGAAGCUUCCUCAAAAGCCCUCAUCGCAGAGGCGUAUAAGCUCGGGGGAAGCCAGAAAACAGUCCAGGAGGCAGAGGAAAGAAGCGAGAAAAUA